AUGUUAAUCUCGAAGACAGAUAAUGAUGAUCAAUAAGAAGGUGUAGUUGAUCCAAAAUUACCAGUUUGUCCAAAUUGUGGUUCCGCAAAAGAGGGCAUUUUAGAAUAAGGACCAUCUCCUGCAUCAUUCAUAAUUUCUCUGAUAUGCCUUUACUAUUGUGGAAUUUGGUCCGUGUUGCUUAUUCCAUUAGUAUUUUAAUCAACUAAAGUAAUAAUAAAAAGGUGUUAGUAUUGUAAUUAAGAAUUAGAAAAAAGGAAUUAUUUUCAAUUACCAAAUAUAAAUGAUUAAGUUAUGCAAUUUAAAUUUGGUAAUUGUAUGAUAGUGGCUUCUAGGAAAUAUGCAUUGAUUCUAUUGGGCAUAAUAUUUUUGUUAUUCUUUUAUUUUUAAUAAUAAAUAGAAAAAGAGCCUAUAAAAAUUGAGAUUGAUUAUCCUACUGAUAAAUCCUGGAUGGAUUUCUUAUAACUUUGUGGGAAAUUUUAGUUUGUUGAGAAUGGACUUAAGGCAAGACAUCAAUUUGAAACUAACUUUAAAGGUAAAAUUGUUGCUUGGAAUGGGAUUUAUGUCAAAACUAAAUCUAAUAAUGAUAUGAAUUAUUCAUACAGUCAUUGGGUUUAUAUUAAAAUGGAUCCAACAGAAUCAACAGAUGACAUACCAGAUGUUGUAUUAGGUGUAAAUUCAUAAUAAUAUUCAAUUGAAAAAUUUAACCUUUUAGAGCAAGGAUAAUCAAUCAAUUUUAAUGCAAAAUUUAUAUCAUUAGGAUCUGAAUAUAAUUUUCACAUUUUAGAGCUAAAAUAAUUAGAAAUUAAUACUUCAGAGAGUUUAGUGGAUAUAAAAUAGAUAAAAAAAUUUACUUUGAUUAUGGAUUAAUCAUAAUAGCUUAAACAAACCAAACUGCAGGAUUCAUUAAAGCGUAUGAUUCAUAUGUAUUAACCAAGGAGAAAUGAUAGUCAAUCUGAUAAUUAAAAUAAUGUUUUUAGGAUGGGAUUAAGUGCUGAGGAAAUCUAAAAAAUUGAAGAAGAUAUUGAAGAAUUAUAAAAAUAAUUGGAAUUAGAGGACCAAUAAGAAAAUGAAUAAGUUGUUGAUUAAAGCUCACAAAUUAAGAAUGAUUAACUUGAAGAUAAAGUAUAAAAAGAAGAAAAAGAUAGGGAUAUGACUUAAAAACUUGAAAAUAAUUAGGAUAAAUAAGUUGAGAAGGAAGAGUCUACAAAAGAUAGUUCAAUUGAGAGCAAUUUAGAUUAAUAAUGA